ACUUACUUUUUGUACAUCUGACUGCCGUCUGGAGAGGAUUCGUUGCCUUUGUGCUUUUCUUGCUCUUUAGUAGUUUAGUGACUUUAGUCUUUUAUAAAUUUUUUAGUUUUUCUAUUUUCACUUUUCUCAUCCCGAGGCUUUUCUCAUUUACUCUUCUCCCGAGGCUUUUCACAUUACUGUACGUACGAUUUACGAGUAGGAUUUCCUAUUUGUACGAACUGCAAUUUGUGUCGGUUCGCGUGCUCAGUCACUCGGUUGUUGUGAUCUGUUAUGGCGGACCAGAGAACUCGACCGAGAAAUCCAGGUGUUUUCAGGGCAAAACGUGUGCGGCCCUCGAAUCAGCUACGCACCAUUUGGCAGAAACAUGUUGAAGAGCGUCAGAAAAAGCGUCGGUAUGCAAAUUUUUGACAGCCUAGGAGAGUUAGCUGUUCCUUCCCGGGAAAUGCUUCAACAGAAACUGGAGAAAAUGGAAGAGAUCGAAAAACGUUUGGCGGUGGAUGAAUAUCGCAGAAUUCUCCGCACUUACACGAGUAGGAACGACAGUGAAUUGCCGUGGCCGCUGACUCCCGUUGAAUUAGCGCUGCAGGGAUGGGAAUUUUACCAGCCGGGCAUUGUCCGCUGCACACACUGCCAACGGACGUGCUUCUUCGAUGCGUACUCCUACAAAGAGAUCUUCACUGGUGUCUCACCCGUCGACCAGACGAUGCGGACUAAAAUUACGGAUGACUUCCGGCAACAGAUAGUGGAUUCUGGACAUGAUAUGCUAUGCAGGCGUCCAGUUCUGCCACGAGAGUCCGAAGUGAACCAGUUUGUCCUCUUCUCCUUCAAGUCAUUCCGGGAAAUGUUUGAGAAACGGCUGCGAUCGCUCGUGGAGUGUGGUGGAAAGUUGCCAGUCAUCGCCAAAGACUAUCAUAAACUGUUACCGGAAGAAAUCCUACAGAAAGCGGUCUUGAAACUUCUCGGCAAGGAGUAUGAAUUUUCUGUUCUCCUGGCGGCUGCUUACCUGGCUCUUUUUGGAUGGCUUGCAGACGAGGAAGCGCGCGGGACACCCCCGUUGCUGGCGUGCCGGGAGUGUGAUAAGCGCGUCAGUUGCGCCGGUUUCUGUCCCCUGGAACGACUAGCAAUAUUGGAGGCUAACGAAGAAGAAGGAUUCCAUCCCGAUCUGUUCUCGGCCGGUCCCGAAGGCCAGUUUCGUUUCGACUGCCAGGGUGAGCAUUUCUCAUGGUGUCCCUGGGUGCGGAUUGUUCCUGUUCCAACGGAGCGACUAGAGGCAUUGGCCUUGCCGCUCAACACGCAGCUGACUGGGAGCCAGUUGAUUAUUUGUGCGUUCAAAAAGGAAUAUUUGACUAUGUGAUGGGAGUUCAGUGUUUUGCGGUUUAUGACUGUAUUUAAUUGGACAAAUCUAUUAUCUGGCUGCCGUAUCGGGUUUGUACAACAAUAGUGCUCCAUAAACGAACCAAUAUCAAAAAAGGGUUUGGCUGUUUUUAUUCGGUUGGUUCUCCUUUUGUACGAUGAAAUGCUGACGGAAAUGCGCAGAACUAUGCAUGUGGUCUUAUUUCAUAUUUACAAAUUUG